CGGGAUCACUGCUACAGUAGAUUGCAUGCCGAAUCUGCCGCCAACGAGAUAUGAUGUUCCUGGCUAUCCCCCCUGAAUCCCUGUCAGUGGUGAGAGGUAAGGCCUAGACUCGCCUUUUCUGGUCAGCAUAAGUUCUAGGCAUGACCUCGUGAGUGUUAGCUGUCAACCCGAUCAGCGCAUGUCAGAGGUGCCAAGAGGACCGGAGGCGAACUGGAGCAAAGGGACCUUCCCAUGAGCCACAAUCUAGCCAUGAUGUCGAUCCGUACGAAGGGCCGAGAAGAAGCCUUCGGUGCGUGGCUAGAAUCGCUUGAAAUAAUACCGAAAUCCAUCCCUCGCUUAAGAAGCUGAUCCCGCUAGGUAUAGAUUACACCAUGACGUGCAGAGCAGGGUUAGACCAUGUUCUUAAAAGAUCUUGGAUAGCGCGGAUCUCUCCUAGCUAGAUCCUCGCGGCUGAGAUAUUUCCAGCUUUCACCGCUGUUCAACUUCCGACGCGAUUUCACGUGAGUCUCGGACCCGGACAACCUAAGCCGGAACAACAACAACAACAAAUUAGGUAUGGAGGACAAGAAGGAUGCUGUUAUUAUCGAGAAGGAUAUUUCGGUGGAAGUGCCUCUUGAGACGCCAGAUGAUUCCAAGAGGCCUAGUGAGAUAGGUGCACAGACCAUCGUCACCGUCGUUGGCGAUGCCGAGAAAAAAGAAUCGUCGGACUCCGCACCGAUCGAGGAGAUCCCGCCCCGGUUCACAAUCUACAAGCAAUGGCAGAAACGAUUGAUCGUUCUGAGUGCCGCUUUCAGUGCUCUCUUUGCAUCGUGGACGGCCCAGAUAUACCUGCCCGCGCUCAACAUCGCAGCCGACGACUUGCACGUUUCGAUUACCAGGAUCAACUUGACCGUCACCAGUUACAUGAUAUUGCAGGGAGUCACGCCCAUCUUUAUCGGGGGGUUUGCUGAUAGCGCAGGACGACGACCGGCUUACCUGGCCUGCUUCGUCCUCUACAUUAUCGCCAAUGUCGGUCUUGCCAAAUCGGACAGUUAUGGGAGUCUCCUCGGCCUCCGUUGUUUCCAGUCAGCAACCAUAUCAGCCACACAAGCUCUCUGCCAGGGUGUCGUGGCGGAUAUCGCGACAAGCGCCGAACGAGGUCAGUACACGGCCUUCAUCGCCGUUCCGAUUACACUGGGGCCGAGUCUGGGUCCCGUCAUCGGUGGGGCCAUCGCGGAGUACUUGGGGUGGCGGAGUAUUUUCUGGUUCUUGGCUGCAUGUGCUGGGGUCAACCUCCUAUUGCUUCUAUUAUUCUUCCCUGAAACAUGCCGCAAGGUCGUAGGCGACGGUUCCAUCCUACCUCGGCGGCGCAACCAGACCGUCCUACAACUGCUCAGAAACCGUCGCCAGAGAAAAGUCGCAUCGGACUCUGAAAGUAACACGCCUUCCCCCACCGAGAACAUCGAGUCCCCUAAGAUCAAUUUCGCAUGGUCCAAAUUCGUCACGUCGCUCGUCCUGCUCUGCGAGAAAGAGCUCAGCUUGCUGUUUAUGUAUGGCGGAUUUGUGUAUGCGGGAGUAUACGCCGUAGCAACUGCAGUGCCCAUCCUCUUCUCCGAAAUAUAUGGCUUCGACGGCUUCAAAGUCGGAUUAAUCUACCUCCCUAUGGCCAUCGGAUCCAUCUUCUCCGUCGCGCUUGUCGGUAAGGGUAUGAACUGGAACUAUCGACGCCACGCACGUAAGCUCGGGCUGCAGGUGGAUCGCGAUCGGCAGAUGGAUCUUUCGGACUUCCCCAUCGAGCGGGCGCGGAUCGAGGUCGCCAUACCGCCACUUAUUCUUAGUAUGGUCAUAAUUACGGCUUGGGGAUGGGCGCUAGAAAAUGAGGUCUCGGUAGCGAUUAUAUGCGUGCUUGUGUUCUUACUCGGCUUGGGUCUUGUGAGCACCACCAGUGUCUUCAGCGCAUUGAUUGCGGACGUGCGUCCCGGGAAGACUGGUGCUGCGAGCGCCGCCAACAACAUAAUUAAGUUCCUUCUUGGAGCCGCGAUGGCAGCGGCCAUCGACCCGUUGAUCCAAGCCGUGGGGCCGGGUAAGGCGUACUCCAUAAUCGCGGUGUUGUACGUCGCAUUCUCGCCAUGUCUAUACCUAGUCGUAAAAAGGGGGAUGCAAUGGCGUAAGGAGCUGAAGGAGAAAGAGAGUGUUAGCGAAGGCACAGGUUAAAAUGGGAAAUUUUGAUGUUCGCGGAUACCUACAUACAUACCGAGGUAUAAAAUCAGGAUAGACUAGGGGUAGGGUACAUACAUACAUAGAUAUACUUCUCUAAUCGAGGCCGGCAAGCCUAUCAUGCAGCUCCCCGUCGUACCACCAUCAGGCCACUCGCGUGUCGUCGACCAAUCUCUUCUGGCUAUAAAGCCUCGCUAGGCGGUCGCCUACGUGCAUGGUGCAUAUAUCAAGUAUUUGAGGGCAACAUGUAGGGGAAACAGGAAAACAGGGAAACAACAUAAAAGCAGGGGAACGCGGUCCGUUUUCUACGGUUCGUGGGCCUCACUGCUGCAUCGAGUGCGGCCGGCGGCGCCACCUGCGUAGGCAACCAUAUUUC